AUGGGCAAACGAGCUUCCAUUGACGCCGACGGAGCUGCCGCGUUCCGCAAGCGCCAGAAAAUCACACACGAUGUUCCCAUUGGAGAGGACGUGAGCUCUGGGGAGCAGCUGCGCGGGCUGCUCGCGUUCGACCAGGACAUGCGCAAAGCAAGACAUGGUCUGCAGUCCUUCAAACGACUUCUCGAUAGCAUAGCUUCCGGCGAGGGCGAUCGAUCCGCGAGUCUCGCCAUUCUCCGGGAAUAUCUUGAACUGGUCAAGCCAAGGCUCGAGGGCGAGGACGCCGUCUACCUGAGUGACAUCAUGGAGAUGUGGUCCUUUGCCGCCCAGACGAACGAAGGCGGCGUCAUGUCCUCUGCGGCCGUUGUUCUCGCCCUCGUGCUCAAUGUCGUCUCGGAUUCGCUGGAGCUCGUCAAGCAUGGACUGGGCAUUUGCCAAACGCUCCUCCAAGAGCGUCAGCUCAAGUCAAUAUCGAAGAAUUUGUCCUCGGACAAGACGAAGGGCUUCAUCAUAUCACCCACGCUGCGAUUGCUCCGCGAAGCCGUGUCCCUCGACGGAGGCGCCUACGCAAGACGGAUAGUUCGCGCCAAGACUUACACUUUUGCGUCCCUCGGCAGGAACCUGGAGAUUGGAAGCACCGUUGAGAACCCUGAAGAUGCUCGGAAGGCUUCCGUGAGGACAAAUGCUGUUCGGUUCUUCCUGAGCUGCCUCAAGUAUCUGCACUCUGACGGCCGAAAGGAGUUGCUCUUACAGAAGGAGCUGCUAUCACAUCUGACAUUCCUGAUCAAGAGUGAUCCGCCAUCUCUUGUCGUGGAGAUUCUGGACAGCUUACGAACCCAUGUGCUAGCGGACAGCAAGAUCUCACGAGACGUCAAGUUCAAAUGUUUCAAUACCAAGACGUUGAUGCGGAUACUGGCUCUCUACAGCUACUCCAACAGCACAGAGCCGGAGAGCGAAGUCGACCGGGUUAGCGAAAAGGCCCAUCAGUUUCUCAUGUACGUCUGCACCAACCCGGUUGCCGGCAUCCUAUAUCCCUCCACCGGCCUUUAUCCCAAGGAGACAAAUGAGGAGUUUUCGGUCCAGCUUGCCAAGCAGAAGAGCGCAGCACACAGCAAUCUGGCCAAGGACGACUCGUACCGCGACGGCGUCCCCGUCUUCAACUUUGUUCUGUCCGAGUUUGCGUCGAAGCUGCGUCCCUGGUCCAGCAUGAAGCACAGCCAGCUGUUGACUGCGAUGUUCGAAGCGGCCCCGGAACUUAUCGCAAACUACUUUUUCAACAACCAGUCAUUCACGUUUGAGCCCAAAUUGACCAUGACCUGGAUCGGAUAUGCUUCGUUCCUGUUCGAUACGAUGAAGAUCCCGCUCCCCCCUUCGUUCGGCGACAAGACACGCUUCGCUGUCGGCCCUCCUCCCACAAACAUCCUCUUGGAUAACAUUCUACCACUCCCGCUGAACCAAAAGGUCAUGGUCCGGUGCCUCUCGCCCAACUCGAACCUGACAUCCUUCUUUGCGACAAGAAUGCUCAUCGAAGCGCUCGAGAAGCUGUCGGUAGCCAUGAAGCUGCACCGAGAAGGCUUUCGAGCAACAGACACUCGAUGGGCCGAGGCCGCUCGAAAGCUCAUCGAUGCCUUCUGCAGACGCAUCCCGGACAUGAAGGAGAUUGUGCGCAGCUACAAGGGCAUCGCCAGCGAGAACACGCUGCACAAGGCCAUGGCCAGCAGGCUGCUUCUCCUGUACUACGAGAUGAUCCCGCAGGUGGCUCUGGCUGCAAACUUUGACGUCUCGCCCUUCUUCGUCAACGUCCUCCGCAGCUUGCAGAGCAACGGCUCCGACGAGCAGAAGCACGACGGGUUCCGCCAAAUGGAGCUGGAGAACCUGGUGUCGAUCGCCAGCUACUCUCCCGGCAUGCGAUGGUUUGCCAGGAUCGAGGUUCUCAGCGGCAAGGGCCAGUCAUCGCCCUUUACUACUCUCCUCAGACUACUAUCCAGCAGUGACCGAAGCGCACCUCUUGAUCAGCUAAAGAGGGUGCUUGCAGACGUUGCCGUGGAGAACCAGCUCGUCUCGGCGGCUACCAGGCUAAACCCUCUUCUUCAAGCCAUUGCGCUGAGCAUCGACGAGAACAGCUCAGAGGACAUGGACAAGAUCUGGUCCUUCUUGGACAACUGCAUCAGCCGCUGUGCCACGUCGCCAAUCAAAUACCUAGAGGUGCUCGAGAGCUAUCUCACGGACAGCGACGGCGACGUGCAAGAAAAGGUCAACGCCCGCAGCUUCAAUCUGCUCGCCGUUGCCAUAGCAGAACAGCUGCCCUACGUCAUCAAAUCUGCGGAUGCCCCUGAACGCGCCUCGCUAUCAAGCUUCAUCUCUCUCUACUUUAGCGCGCUGUACAAGAAGAAGAAGGGCAGCGAUGCCCUGGAAAGCGUCUACGCCAAGAUUGAAGAGUGCUUCUCUUCUAAUUCCGUCAAGCUCGCAAAGCUAGGGUCGCGCAAGUUGCCCAAGGCGUCACGUAGCGGCACCCAGGAAGACGAAGACGAUGAUGAUCAAGAAGAGCAUGAUAACAGCUCCCAGCAAAAGGAAACCGGGCUCACUCAGGAGCAGCUCGAAGAGGCGCUGCACAUUCCCUUCACGAGCCCGGAAGACACAGGAGCGCUCCUGAAAUGGCACACCAAAGCCGUCGAGGACCUCAUCGAAGACGGCCUCAUCACGAACCUCAUCCGCCUCCUCGCAUCAGAACACACCAGCAUCCGCAAGGAGGCGCUCACAAACCUCCUCAAGAUGGCCGCCAAAAUCGACGAAUCCUCCUACGAAGAGAAGAAGCAAGUCUGGCUCCUCCUCUCCGAGCUCGCGGAAUCCUCCCGACCGCAAGUAGACAGCGGGCCCGUCCCAUCCGCCUUCAUCGCCUUCUCCAUCCACGCGCUCGAGGUCCUCAAGAACCCGCUCCACCCUCUCUACCCCAAAAUCAACAGCUUCCUCACGCGCAGCCCCGUCUGGUCCCCCGAGAAGCUGCCCCUCGCACACGACAUCCUCCACGGCGAACCCUCCGAGGACGACAAGUACUACACCGAACUCGCCUGGUUCCUGGCGUACGUGCUCGACGCCCUCCAGACCCCCUUUGACCUCGGCGUGUUCCACAAGAAGCGCUGGCUCGAGAAGAUUCUCGCCCUGGGCAGCAACCCCUAUCUGCGGACGAAUCUGCGCCUCCGAGUCCUGAGGAUCGUCUACCGCGCUACGUGCAUCGAGUCCGGCAGCACGACGCUCAUCACGCGGUUCGGCUUGUUGACGUGGCUGGAUGCCCAGCGCGCCGCAUGUGGGAACCCCGACGAGGCGGCUCUCUACGAGGCGCUCAUGAGCCGCGCAUGGAACACCUGUGACCAGGCGAGGGUCCGGGCCUGGAGCAAGGGCGGUGUGGAAAAGCUGCUGGCGAAGAACAAGACGAAGAAGACGCAGUGAGAAGCGGGAGGUGGUAAGGAUACCUAUACGAUGGUGUGAACGGGACCUGGCUUUUUGAUCAUGCAAUAUUGGAUGAAAGAUACCCUAAAGUCUGGAGGAAGCGGUGAGAGUACAGCUUGACGGGAGCAGUCAAUCCAGCCGAGACUGCCAUCAAGUCUAUGGAUUCGAAUGAAGCUCUUUUCUUUUUUUCUUCGUUUCUUUUUCACCUCUCCAGUUCAGGCUGCAAUGCAAUGUAUGGUUAGACAUGUAUAUAGUUAUGUGUAUUACAAUUGUUUAUCAUAAUUUGUACUUACAUACCAU